CUGCAGGGGGCAGAUCUCCACAGGGCACAGCUGCAGGGGGUUCGACUCAGCAGGGCGCAGCUGGAGGGGGCAAAUCUCGGCUAUGCGCAGCUGCAGGGGGCAGAUCUCCAAAGGGCGCAGCUGCAGGGGGCAGUUCUCCAAAGGGCGCAGCUGCAGGGGGCAAAUCUCAGCAAGGCGCAGCUGCAGGGGGCGUAUCUCCCCAGGGCGCAGCUGGAGGGGGCAGAUCUCUGCUGGGCGCAGCUGCAGGGGGCAAAUCUCUGCUGGGCGCAGCUGGAGGGGGCAAAUCUCUGCAUCGCGCAGCUGGAGGGGGCCAACCUCUACGAGGCGCAGCUGCAGGGGGCAUCUCUCGCUGAGGCGCAGCUGCAGGGGGCGAACCUCGGGGAUGCCGACCUGCGCGGCGCCGACCUCACCGGCGCCAACCUCGCUGGCGCCAACCUGAAGAAUGCCGACUUGCGCGGCGCAGUCCUCAUCGGCGUCAACCUCGAGAAGGCCGACCUCGAGGGCGCCAAACUGCAGGGCGCGAAGUUCGAGCGCGCCGUCCUCGCUGGCGUCAAGCUC